AAUAUGUAUUCCCCACUCGACGCCACCCGGAAAGAGAUACGCCUACUUCAUGUUCACUCAGGUGCCUGGAACGACGACGUCAAAUGCCACCUGGAGACGGUCUCACUCAACGACAAUCCAAAGUUUAACGCCAUCUCAUAUGUGUGGGGUGAUCCGAAUAUUACAUUGCCGAUCACUAUCGAUGGCGAACCGUUGGCCAUUACACGAAACUUAUGCAACGGGCUCCAGAGACUGCGAAAGACGGAUGAAACUUUGAUUAUCUACGCGGAUGCAGCGUGCAUCAACCAGUCGGAUGUAAACGAGCGAUCUCAACAGGUGCAGCUUAUGGGCGAGAUAUACAGUUCUGCUCAGGAAGUCUUCAUCUGGCUGGGUUAUGGACGUGAAUCACAAGCUCCUGUAGCACGACCAGAUAUCAUCCACUGGUUCAAAGACGGCACAGACAUGAAAGUUCUAGAAUCUUACUUCGAGAAAGAUGACCUAGAACACCAGCCAGAUGAAGAGACAGAAGACGCACUCGGACUCUUCGUCUAUCUGGGGACCCGUGCUAUGGAUAUACAUCUAUCCGAAGUGCCGUUCUUUGACGUGAAAGAGCGCAAAUUGAUCCCCAAGCACAAAUGGCCGGCGGUUGUUCGAGCUGGGAACACGUUACUCUCUAACCCUUGGUGGACAAGGAUCUGGGUCGUUCAAGAGACAGUUCUUGCUCGUGAGGCCACUGUGGUUUACUGCAACAUCACUGUCCCGUGGAAGGUAGUUACAGAUGCAGUUGAACUGUCAGAUCGUCAUGACAAAUACUGCUGUGAGGAGCUGAAGUCAUCGCUACCAUACAGUGACGUCGAGAUCAUAGAUCAGUUGUUAUCCAAUAUGCACAGCGGUGCAGGAAUGAUGAAGGAGAUGAAAAAUCGAGGCCGGAAAUUGAGCUUGCGUCAGAUCAUGCGUCAAACACAUCUGCGCGAUGCGGUGGAUAUUCGGGACAAGGUCUUUGGGAUACUCGGGCUAGUAGAUGAUUGGCGAGGCGCAUCUCCCGUAGCCCCUGACUACAACAUGUCGCCGAAAGAAGUAUUCAUGCAAGCAAUCCUCCACGACAUUGAGACUGGCGGCUCAUUGGGAUUUCUGAUGGGCACCACCAUAUCCGGAAUACCAGGAGUACCCUCCUGGGUUACUGAGAGAAGCGUAAGGACCCCGGAUCACACUCAGGCUGCAAGAGUUAGAGACGGUUGCUCCUUACUGUUCUCCGCAGACGGUCGCUGCGGGGUCAACGUCGAAAGGCGAGACGAUAUUCUCAUGGUUGACGGCUUUGAACCAAAGCUUAGAAUUUCCCGAAUAUGUUAUCGUAUGGUUGGGCUUGGAGAGGAAAUACACCUUCCCCAUUCACGGAGACAAACACAAGAAGAGUGGUUCUUGAGAACAAUGGCUCAGGAUUGUUGGAUGUGGUCAUCUUUUACAAGGGAUAUUUGGCAUCGGCCUGAGCACUCAGGAAACAUCUUCAAGAGGCUCGGAGACAUAGAUGUGGCUUGUCUCAGUAGAGCGUUUUGGAGCUGGCUUAAAGCUCGAGCGGAGAACAAAGAGAUCAGAAAUACGCGGUAUGAGAGCGACGAUGAUCAUAUCCGUGGCUUUCUCCGAUCUUGUGAUAUGAAUAGCGCUUAUCGAAGAUUCUUCAUCACAGAGGACGGCCGCAUGGGGCUAGGGCCACCGGAAAUGCUUCCUGAUGACUCGAUCGCUAUAUUGCUGGGAUCGAACGUACCACUCUGCCUGCGGCCGGUCCUGAAUGCGUCCCAAGGCCACUACACACUCGUUGGAGAUACAUAUGUGCAUGGCUUGAUGGAUGGAGAAGGCGUUCCACCAAAUUGGGAAGACCAUGUCGUUAAGAUUCACCUCCAUUGA